AUGGCUCGUGUCACGGGCGUGCCCAUGGCCUUCCUCCUCACGCGCGGGCAGCAGAUCAAGGUCUUCUCCAUGUUGCUCAGAAAGUGCCGCCAGUCCGCCCUGCUCAUUCCCAACCUGCCGAAGAACCGGCAAGACGAGGGCACCUACGAGGGCGCCACCGUCAUCGAGCCCAAGAAAGCCUUCUACCAGGACCCCAUUGCCACCCUGGACUUCGCCUCUCUGUACCCCUCCAUCAUGCAGGCCUUUAACCUCUGCUACUCCACCCUCCUCUCCCGGGAGGAGAAACAGGCGCUUCCCCCUUCCUCCUACAUCACCACGCCUUCCCAAGAAUCCUUCGUCAAGCCCAGCGUCCGCAAAGGCAUCCUGCCCCUCAUUCUCGACGAGCUCCUGGCGGCCCGGAAGCGCGCCAAGAGGGACAUGGCGGCGGCCACGGACCCGAUGGAGAAGGCCGUCCAGAACGGGCGGCAGCUGGCCCUCAAGAUCUCCGCCAACAGCGUCUACGGCUUCACAGGGGCCACGGUCGGGCAGCUCCCUUGCAUCCCCAUCGCCUCCUCCGUCACCUCCUACGGGAGAGACUUGCUGUAUCAGACCAAGGCCUUCGUGGAAGAGCACUACACGAUCGAGAAGGGCUGUUCGGCCAACGCCGAGGUCGUGUACGGAGACACGGACUCGGUGAUGGUCCGUUUCGGGGUCCCGACCGUGGAGGAGGCCAUGCCCUUGGCGGAGCGGGCGGCGGAGGAGGUGACCAAAAUUUUCCCGCCCCCCAUCAAGCUCGAGUUCGAGAAGGUCUACUUCCCCUACCUGCUCAUGAACAAGAAGCGGUACGCCGGCCUCCUGUGGACCCGGCCCGACAAGUACGACAAGCUGGACACGAAGGGGCUCGAGACCGUCCGCCGCGACAACUGCCUCUUGGUCCGGCGGGUCAUCGACACUUGCCUGCGGAAGAUCCUGAUCGACCGGGAUGUCCCCGGCGCCAUUGGCUACUGCAAGCACGUGAUCGCCGAGCUCCUCCAGAACAAGAUGGACAUAUCCCUCCUCGUCAUCACCAAGGCUUUGGGCAAGUCUGCCGACGAAAGCGGGUACGCGGCCAAGCAGGCCCAUGUGGAGCUGGCGAUGCGUAUGAAGAAGAGGGACCCCGGGACCGCGCCCAACGUGGGUGACCGGGUGGCCUACGUCAUCAUCCAGGCAGGGAAAGGAGCCCCUGCCUACGAGCGGAGCGAGGACCCGGUGUACGUGCUUGAGAACAGGAUCCCGAUUGACACGGACUAUUACCUGCAGAAUCAGCUCAGUAACCCCCUCACGCGGCUGUUCGAGCCCAUCAUCGACAACCCGGAAAGCCUCCUUUCCGGAGACCACACGCGUUCGAUCGCCCGUCCGACCCCAACGGCCAAGGCGGGGGGCAUCAUGAUGUUUGCGGUCAAGAAGCUCAAAUGCCUGGGCUGCAAGACUCCCAUUCCCGAGACGGAGAAGUCGACGCUUUGCGUGCACUGCGCGCCUCGGGAGGCUGAGAUCUACACGCAAAAAGCCUUGGAGGUGGCGGGCCAUGAAGGUGUGUUCGCCAAGUUGUGGACGCAGUGCCAGCGUUGCCAGGGCUCCUUCCACCAGGAUAUCUUGUGUUCCAACCGGGACUGCCCCAUAUUCUACAAGCGGAAGAAGGUCCAGAAGGACCUGGCCGACGCCCAAGACGCGCUCGACAGGUUCGCGUUCUGACCCGGACGCUAAAAGCGGCAUUCCGGCCGCUGGCUUGCAUCGUGCGUCGAAACCUUGCGUCAAUGCGUACGACUACGACUGCUUAAGGUUGUUCGCAGAAGCGCAUGUCGGGUGAAAGAAAAAUCGGCCGGGACAUCUAAGAGCGUGGGAGGCAGCUUGUGGAGGAGCAGGGCGGAGGGUGGGUCCUAUAAACUCGAUGCGAGGAAACCACUAUAGAUGGAAGGAUAAUAGUCAUGAAACAGGAGUGCGAGCUUUUUAUGUAGGCG